UUGUGCCAUGCAUUUACAUUUGCCCCAUCCUGUCGUUCCAGAAACAUGGCGGCUGAGAGUGGUCAUAACAACAUUGAUGUCAUUGCCGGUAACUAGCCGAUUCUUGCACUGGAGACUAUAUAAAUUAGGGCAAUAGCGGUGUUGAAGUGGACUCUGCAAAAUGCCAAAAUAUUACGAGGAUAAAGAGACGGAUAACAGAGCCUGUGCCGGUAUCAGAGAAGACUUUAAGGCAUGUCUCCUUCAGCACGACUGCGUUGUAAAGGAGGGGAAGAUGCCCAGUCAGUGUUUGAAGGAAGGCCACUGCAAAGCCCUCCAGACGUCAUUCUUUGAGUGCAAGAGGUCAAUGCUGGACACAAGGUCAAGAUUCAGAGGAAGGAAAGGAUAUUGAGGAACGAACUGGAUGUUGAAGUUGCCAUAUGGAUGACUGAACACUGGAUGAGCAGCUGUAAAUACUUGUAAUGAUUUAAUCAAAGGGCAAUGUUCAAGGGUCAGUGCAUGUGCAGCUUUAAAACCACAUCUGAAAGACAUAUGUCAAGAAAGUGUUUAGCAGAUGACUACCAAACAUGGAGGAAAAAUGCACACUGACACUCAGACGGAUUGUCAGCCCAUCAGUGAAAUGCAGUGCUGUGGGGGGGAAAAAAAAACUGAAGCUCUCACUGGCCGGAGCUUCAAGCAUCUUGAUUUCUUGAAAGAAAAAUGUAUUGUUAUUUUGGAAGAAAAAGUGUGUGUUUUAUGAUACGGAAAACAGUAAAAUAAAUCAAAUGAAUACUUUAA